AUGUCGUCCCCAGCAGCACAAACAAGCGGUGUCAAAGGCGGCAAAGAGCCCAUUCUCUUCCGCUUUUGCUCGGAAUGCUCCAACCUUCUGUUCCCCCGCGAAGACAAGUCCGAGAACAAGUUGCUUUUUGCGUGCCGCACCUGCAACUUUACCGAAGAAGCACCCUCGUCUUGCGUGAUGCGCCACGAAAUCGCCUCGACAGUCGGAGCCACGGCCGGUGUGACAGCGGAGGUUGCCCAAGAUCCCACGGUUGGUCCUUCCCUGUCCGAUGUACAAGCAGCCCAAGAAGCCCAAGAAGCCCCGUGUGAAGAGAUGCCUUGCUGCACCAUGUGUGGCAUGCCCAUCAUGUGUGAAGAGUGCGGCGAGGAACCGGCCCCCGGCUUUGUGCUCGAGGCCGAGGACGAGGACCCGCAGGCGGCGCUCGCUCAGCAAGACACGGGCGGCGACGAGGACAUGUAUGACGACUACGACGACUUUGACGAGGAAAUGUGGCAUGACAAGCACACGCCCUGA